ACAACGCGGAAAGAAAAUUACUUUGUGGUUAUCGUUACUCACAAACUAUAUAUUUGAUGAUACUGUGUCUCUAAGUACAAAGGGAUUAGUGAGAUUUUUCAUGAGAAAUUCGCCCGACGAGUACGACUAAAUCUUAUUGCUAUUAGUACAAAAUAACAAUUAAGUGAUGAUGAUACAGAUUUCAUUAUUGUGUCAAGGAGUUUUUACUUUGCCUUGUAAAUUUUCUAUGUACACUUAAGAUUGUGCCUAAUCGUAUGUUAAACUAUUAAGGUUUUAUUAAAUACGCCUAUUUUUAUAUUUUAGAUUCUAAUUAUAUCAACCUUAGAAUGAGCAGCACAAAUUCAUUUAAAAUACAAUAUUUGAGGCCAUGGAUGAGAGAAUCUGGAGCCGCAGCAACUGCUUCAAAUUCUGGUCUCAAAGGCGUAGUAGCAGGAGGAACAACCGGUGGUAUUGAAGUUUGCAUAACAUUUCCAACGGAGUAUGUUAAAACGCAACUUCAGCUGGAUGAAAAGGGAGGCUCUAAACGUUACACAGGAAUUGUGGAUUGUGUUAAAAAGACAGUCUCAAGCCAUGGGGUUUUGGGUCUAUACAGAGGACUCAGUGUGCUUAUUUAUGGUUCCAUUCCAAAAUCAGCCGUACGAUUUGGAGCAUUUGAGACCUUGAAGAGCAGAUCUUUGGAUGAAAAGGGUAACCUGAGUCCUACGGCCCGAGUGUACUGUGGGCUGGGCGCAGGGGUUUGCGAGGCUAUCUUCGCUGUCACGCCUAUGGAGACAAUCAAGGUAAAAUUCAUAAACGACCAACGUUCUUCCAAUCCACGCUUCCAAGGCCUAUUCCACGGUGUCUCCUUGAUUAUGAAAGAACAAGGUUUCCGUGGACUAUACCAGGGCUUGACGGCCACUAUCCUUAAACAAGGUAGCAAUCAGGCGAUCAGAUUUUUAGUUAUGGAAACCCUGAAAGACAAAUAUCGAGGUGGAGAUCCGAGUAAGUCAGUGCCAAAGUACAUUGUGGGAGCAUUUGGAGCAAUUGCUGGAGCGGCUUCUGUAUUUGGCAAUACUCCAAUCGAUGUAGUAAAGACGAGAAUGCAAGGCCUGGAAGCAUCAAAAUAUAGUGGUACAAUGGAUUGCUUUGUCAAGACUUGGAAAAAUGAGGGCCCAGCAGCGUUCUACAAAGGAACUGUGCCAAGACUGUCCAGAGUAUGCUUAGACGUAGCUAUAACCUUUAUGAUUUACGACUCCUUCAUGGAUAUUUUUAACAAAGUCUGGCCAUAAAUCUUCCCAACUAGUUCUUCACUGUAGUUACCUGUUCUGUUGUGUUUUUGGUGCUAUUAUGUUCUUGGUUUAUUUUAUAGAUCAAAAGAUUUUAAUUGAGGGAA